GUGUGUGUAUGUGUGUUUAAAAGUUUGAACGAAAUUCUCUGCUGUGGUAUACCAUAACAAGGAAUGGUUUUCAGAUUUUAACACAAUGAAGGCAUUCACAGUAGCUCUGCUUUCCAUCCUUUUGAUCACCCUGCAGUAUUCCUGUGCUGUGAGUCCCAUAGACUGCAAUGCUACUGAGUCCCUGGCUGAGAAAGCUCUAGACCUGAUCAAUAAAGAACGUCGGAAUGGCUACCUUUUCCAGUUGCUGAGGGUCACUGAUGCCCACUUGGACAAAAUGGAAUCCAUAGCUGUCUAUUACUUAGUCUUAGAUGUGAAAGAAGUUGACUGCCCAGUCCAAUCCAGGAAACACUGGGAUGACUGUGAGCCAGCUAUUUCUAGACGUCCAUCUGAUAUAGUGAUUGGACAAUGUAAAGUAAUAGUUACAACAUGUUUGAAUGAAUUUCAGGAUCUUAGAGUGAAUGACUUCAACUGUACCACAAGCUCUGUCUUCUCUGUACUGGCCAACACUAAAGACAGCCCAGUACUCUUUGACUUCUUUGAGGAUACUGAACUCUACAGAAAAGUAGCAGAGAAAGCCUUUGAGAAGUAUAAAAUGGAAAAUAGUGACUUUGCCUCUUUCAGAGUGGACCAAGUGGAGAAAGUUGCAAGAGUGAGAGGAGGGGAAAGAACCAAUUACUAUCUGGACUUCUCUGUAAGGAACUGCUCUUAUCACCAUUUUCCCAGGCACCAUAAUGUUUUUGGGUUCUGCAAAUUAGAUUUGUCCUAUAAUGUAGGAACCUCUGACAUGGAAACUCCAGAGGAUGUAGUCAUAAAUUGUGAAGUCUUCAAACUUAAGGAACAUAGAAACAUCAGUGAUGUACCGCCCCAUCUGGGGCCUCCCUUCCUCCACAUUGGCAAGCAUCCAUUUAAGAACAAUGGGUCCAGAGAUUACCGACAUCCCCACAAGAUACAUAAACUUGGACACCCAUCUCCUCUAGAAGACACAAAUCACUCAGACAGACCACCACUUCCACCAGGACCUCCUCCACCAUUUCCUCCUUUAAGAUGUCAUCACUUCCAUUCUGGCACCAAUAGAACCCACAUACACCCUCGUAAUCAUAGUUCCAGUGAGCACCAUCCCCAUGGGCACCAUCCUCAUGGGCAUCAUCCUCAUGGGCAUCAUCCUCAUGGGCAUCAUCCUCAUGGACACCGUCCUCAUGAACAUGAUCCUCACAGACACCGUCCCCAUGGACAUCGUCCUCAUGGGCACCAUCCCCAUGGACCCCCUCCCCAUGGCCAUGACUUUUAUGACCACGGACCCUGUGACCCACCACCUCAUAGCCAAGGUCCCCAAGAUCACCAUCACAGGAACCAUGGCCCACCGCCUAGGCAUUCAGAAGAAAGAGGUCCAGGUAGAGGACACCAUCCCUUCCAAUGGAGACGAAUUGGAUAUGUUAACCGACUCCCUCCAUUAAAUAAUGGUGAAGUUCUUCCUCUCCCUGAAGCCAAUUUUCCUAUCUUCUCAUUGCCCAACCACGACCAUCCUCUAAAGCCAAAAAUUCAGCCCUUCCCUCAAUCAGCCUCUGAAUCAUGUCCAGGGAUGUUUAAGAGGGAGUUUUCACAAGUCUCAAAGUUUUUUGCAUAUACAUUACCAAAAGAAAAGCUGAGUUCCUGGAAAAAUGAGUAAUGUUCUGAAGUAGAACAAUAAAUAAAAUAUAACCAGUAAUAAAUGCAAAAUUAGAAGUUAUUUUACCUUUCAUAUUCAGGAUAGAACAAAAUGUGGGUGGGGGAGGUGAUGGCGUGAGAAGAGCAAGACAAAUGGAGAGGAGAAGGAAAAGCUUGGAGUGACAAAUCAGAAGUUAAUUCUCUCAGUGGCUACUACAAUACUCAAGACAAAUCUCUGAUCCUCAGACUUUUCUAUUUCCUGGACUGGACUCCUGAAAUGCUAGCAUCAUUCCUCUAUUAAUUAAUACUUAUGCUGUAGCUGGGCAUACCAAGAAACUAUACAUUGUCAAAUAAAUGAUUAUUCUUAUUAAAGUGA